AUGGCGGCUAAUUUGCUUACUGAAGGGCCCGCAGCCUCUGGAGCCCAGCAGGAGCUGGUGGGUGCCGUCGGUGGGUCUGUGACUUUCCCUCUGACACACUCAGUAGAUCGGAUUGACAGCAUUAUCUGGAUCUUUAAAAGUACUACUCUUAUCACCAUACAGCCAACAACGACAAACAAACCAGACACUGUCAUAGUGACUAAAAAUCAUGACAAGGGAAGGGUAGGCUUCUUGCACGGGAACUACUCCCUGAAGCUCAGCAAACUGAGUAAGAAUGACUCAGGUGCCUACUCUGUCCAAAUACACAGCUCGUCCCUCCAGGAGCCCUUCACCCAGGAGUAUGGGCUGCGUGUCUAUGAGCACCUAUCAAAGCCCAAAAUCACCUUGGGUCUGAAGAGCAAUAAAAAUGGCACCUGUGUGACCAACCUGACAUGCUUCCUGGAACGGGGAGGAGAGGAUGUGACUUACAGCUGGAAGACCCUGGGGAAGACCUCCAAUGAGUCCCAUAAUGGUUCCGUCCUCCCCAUAACCUGGACGCUGAGGGAAAAGGACAUGACCUUCAUCUGCAUGGCCAGGAACCCCAUUAGCAGCAACUCUUCAAACCUCAUCUUUGCCCGGAAGCUCUGUGAAGGUAUUGCUGGUGACUUAGAUUCCACCAUGGGCCUGUGGAUUUCCUCGCUGCUCAUUGUCCUUGUACUGGUGUUAAUUAUUUUGACUAUGUGGAAACAAAUAAGAAAAGAGUCCACUGAAGAGAAGAAAAUGGACACUCAUCCAGAAAUUCCUAACUGCUACCCCCCUUCUGGAGAGACCGCAGAGUAUGAUACAAUCUCUAACCCAAAUAAAACUAUCCCAGAGGAAAAUUCAGAACAUCCUCUUUAUUGCACAGUGCAAAUACCCCAAAAGAUGGAGAAACCCCACUCACUGCCCACAUCGCCAGACACACCAAAGCUAUUUAUCUACGAGAAAGUCAUCUAAACAGCACUGCACUCCCUCCUGUGUCAUCCCAAAGAAAACAAACGAAUUCACUGACAUGACCAGAAAAACUGAGGAAGAAGAAAGAACACAGUUCCUUCCUGGAAAACUAUCCUUUCGGCAGUUUCACCAGAACGCUAAAGCUUUGCACUCCCCAGGGAGCCACAGGUCUAUUCCCACAGAUUGGACAGAGAGGAGAAUAGACACACGCCCAGUAAACUGAGGGUGACAAAAGGAACGUGCUUGCUGUCAGUCACACCUCAGAACAGCCCACUGGCCAGAAUAGGUGUGGCCACCGCAAGGCAUGUAACGUGGGUAUUUAUUCCCCUGAAUAAAGACGCUCGCUCUCUUGGUUGCUCUUGACUCCUGACUUGUGGGGCUCUCUCGCUCCUGCGUCCUGCAUUUGCCAUGGCCAUGUGGACCCCACACACAAUGGACUGAUGGACUGUCACUAGCCUGAUGCUGAGCGGGACCCGGCUACAACAUGGAACGGAAACCCUGGGCCCCAGUUCUGAUUUAGCUUCACUGAAACCCCAGCUACACUUCCUCCAGGAAGGGAAUGGGACCUUAGAAGCCCAGGGAUGGAAUUCCACACAAAUAAAAGUCACUCAUCCUCCCAUGCAAGUCUUAGAAAAUUCUUUUUCUUGAGAUAUCAUAAGGACCCCACCCCCAGCACCUGAGAGGUCUCCUCAAACCCAGAAGAUGUAAUUACGUCUUCCUGGAUAUGUGACUGUGAACUUAUCAGCCAAACCGAAGCAAGGAGCUUAGAAGUGUCUCUGCUGAAAUACAAGUGCAGUGUCACACAAAGGAAUGAUGGCUUCAUCCCAGGGCUUGGAAGUCAGGAAUAGUCCAAGGGUCUGGUUGUCAAGAGGCAAACAUGUACGAACAGCAGACAUUCUCAGCAGAGGCAGACAUAGCAGCCGGAAACAGAUUCAUUAACUAACUCCUUAACUGUGUGCCUGGCACUGUGCUGAGCUUACCCUGGUUUUGGCCAGUCAUGCCCUCUGCUCUGGUGAAAUUGGCCCCUCAUGAACUAUUUCUGUGGCAGUCCCAGGAGGCCUGGCCACAGAUUCCCAACACACAGGACGUCAGCCACAGAUCCACAGGACGUGGGGGUCAAAGUGCAGAGAAGGACAGAGAAGCCAGGUGGAAGACUGGGUUUAGCUGGACGGAAACUCAGAAGUGUGGCUGGAGGAGGUGGAGAAAAGGGAGCCCUCGUGCACUGCUGGUGGGAAUGCAGACUGGUGCAGCCACUGUGGAGAGCAGUGCCAAGUUCCUCAAAAAGUUAAAAAUGGAAUUGCCUUUUGAGCCAGUGAUCCCUCUUCUGGGAAUAUAGCGUUUCACAAAACACUGAUGCGAAAAAUUAUGGACCAAAAAGGGCCACGGGCUAAACUUGACAAGCUCUGGGGAGGCCUCAGAAACCGAAAGUAAGCUCAUAGAAUGGUCUAAAAUUAAAACUGUUGAACCGAGAGUUUAUGGCAGGUGGUCUUGUCCUACGCUAGAAUCUUCCCUGACAAAAGUCAAUCUUCACCUUAGCUAAGACUGUCGUCUUUUUGCAUCUAGAACAACAUACCUGGUAAACAUGCCUUUGCAGAAAACAAAGUAAUUUCCCUUUGUCCGGACCCCUCAAAGCGCAGGCGCCACGGAGCAGAGCCAGAGAUCACCAGUGGAUUUCACGUAGCCCACUUCCGCUUUCUCUUUUGAUAGUGAUGUAUAUAUAAAGCAGUGUGCUGAGCUGCCGUUUUCUGGAGCAUUUCCUCAGUCUGUUGAGGUUUUGUUUGCCAGCAAUCAUUGUCAGCUUGGCUCAAAUAAACUCAUAAAAAUUC